CACAGGCUACGUCUUAGUGAAAGAAUGUUCAACAAUUUGAAAAGGAAAAAGAAAUAGAUACUAUACAUUUGCUGACUGGAGAUUAUCUGAACAACAAUUUCAUUAGAGUUUAGCAUAAAAACUAAAGGCUCCUCAGCUGUUCUGCUUGACUGACUAAAGAUGCUCACAGACAUUACAGAAGGAGAAUUUGAUAUCAAAGAGGAAGAACCAUGGUAUGAUCAUCAAGAUCUGGAACAUGAUCUUCAUUUGGCCGCCGAAUUGGGUAAAAAUUUAUUGGAGCAGAACAGAGACUUAGAAGAGACACUCCAACAGAUGUACAUCAGCAACCAGGAACAGAUACAGGAGAUCGAGUAUCUUUCUAAACAGGUGGAUUUGCUGAGGUCAGUGAACGAUCAGCAUGCUAAAGUCUACGAGCAGCUGGAUUUAACCGCACAAGACCUGGAGCUGAAAAACCAACGACUGGUGCUGGAGAACAGAGCGGCUCAGCUGAAGAUCGAAGGGCUCACAGAGACGGUGGAAGGGCUGCAGACUCAGGUGGAGGAGCUCCAGAGAGACAUGCAGAAGAAGGAGACCUGUCAGUUACACGAUUAUCUGACUAAGGGCUCUGAUUUCUUCUCACCAUGCUGCAUGUAUUUCAGGUGCUUUUCCCAUAAGCACUCUGUUUCCACCAGCCGCUCGUCUCUGAAGCGUGAGGAACAGGACAAGCUCUGGGAGCUCGAGCGCUCGGUUGAUUCCCUGCAGGCGCAGCUGAGCACAGAGCGCUCUCAGAGAGAGGCGGCCGAGCUGGAAGCUGAUGCUCUGGCGCAUGAACUCAUCCAGCUGGAGCCCAGAGAAGCGCUGCUGGGAGUCUACAAGGAGCGCCUGGCCGAGACGGAGGCUGAAGUGCAGGAGCUCCGCCUGCUUUUGCGCUCGAGCAAAGACAACGUGGACAUCCCAUUGGAUGAUGAAGCGGGCGGGGCCGGACACAGGGGGCGGAGCCUGCGGUGCUGCAGCAGCGAGAGGCAGUUGCUAAGCAACGAGCAGCCUGAAGGGCAGCAUCAUGGGAUCUCUCUGCUGAACGAGAUGGAUGCUCAAUACGCCGCCCUGCAGGAGAAAUACGACACGCUGCUGCGCCGCUGCCAGGAUGGGAAGUUGCCCGAGAACCAAAAAACUGCUCAAACGCACACAAACACCCAGAACGAUUCCCAGCAGCCCGAGUACAAGGCCCUGUUUCAGGAGAUUUUCAGCUUUAUCCAAAAGAGCAAAAAGGACCUGAAGGAGAACAGGAUCAAGCCCAGUCAGGCUGAAUGAGGCACUGAUCUGCAUCUAUAUCUGAACUGAGGGAUUAUACUGACAGAACUAGGAUGGUGUGAUACCACACAUUACGGUCUGCUUUUAUUGCCACUUUUAUUGUCUGGUGAGCGUAUAUAAAGCACUUUUGUAAAUUCUUCCAAAUGUCACUGUGAAACAAAAAGCUGUGAACUUAAAUGUACUGGAAAUCUUUGUGUAUUUACAGUAUAGUGGGAUGAAUCAACAAAGACAUUUCCAGGUUAUAUAUUACCACAUAAUCAGUAGAA